AUGGACAAUCAACCACCCCCGCCGUCGCUCACGAACCCCCGCUUUACUUUAGAACUCGACGACGAAGCCUCAUCAUCUGCCUCGGGAAAAGAAGCGCGUGCCUUUCAAGCAUACCUUGCCUACCUCUACUCUUACUGGAAGACCCCUGAGUACGCCCAGUUCCUGACACACCCCGGUGCGACGCUGAGAGCGCUUCGACUGCUGCAGGAAGAUUCGUUUCGGCGAGAUAUCAUUCGGCCUCAGGUCAUUGAGAGCUUGCUAGCCGGAGGGGAUCAUGUACAGGGCGCUUCCACCGCUGCGGAAAACGAGGGAUCGGUCGAACGACAUAAUGAAGUACAGGCACCGUGA